AUGGCCGCUAUUCAACCAAACUUCGGCAUUCCGUCUGAGCAUGAGGCUUCAUUCAAAGCACUCACACAAUCGACUCAAGAAAAAGCGUUCUUGAGCCGGCCUGAGAGUCUGGAAAGCCGGGACCUUUGUGAUGGCAUAUCAGACCCUCCCACCCUUCUACGAUUCCUAGUCGCGCGUCAAUUUGACCCCGAUGGUGCUCUCAAGGAGUUCCAGGAGGCAUGUGAAUUCCGCGAAAAGAAGCACAUCCUCAGACUUUACGAUUCAGUUGACAUUUCCGAUUUCGAGCAAGCCCGUCAAUUUUACCCCCACUGGUCUGGUCGUAGGGACAAAAAAGGGCUGCCCAUUUGCAUGUUCGACCUGGAUCAUCUGGACAGAGAUACCGUUGCACUCUGGGAAACGUCGCGCAAGAACAGUUGCUGGAUAUAUUCCCAAUCAGGAAAUGAUAAACCACCAAAGCCCGACAUGUUACAAUUGGCCUCUGUGUACUAUGACAAUCUCGUGCGGUUCAUCCUUCCGCUUUGCUCAAUGAUGACGGACAGGCCGAAUCCGUCAGGUCCAGUCACCAAUUCGAUCUAUGUUGUGGAUGCCUCGAAUCUGAGCAUAAAGCAAGCAUGGGGGUUGCGGUCCUUUGCCCAAGAGAUCAGUUGGCUGUUAUCAACAUGUUACCCAGAGACCAUUGAACGUAUCUUUGUAUGCAAUGCGCCCUCGUAUUAUAGCACUGUUUGGAAGUUCCUGAAGGCCUGGGUCGACCCUCGAACUGCAGAAAAGAUCGUUGUGCUCAUGGAGUCGGAGGUCCUUCCUACCCUCAGAGAGUAUAUCGACGAUGCCAAUAUUCCAGCCAAAUUUGGUGGUGAAUUUCAAUUCACCCAUGGAAUGCUGCCAGAUCUUGACGAUAAUAUCCAGCAGCUUUUGAACUCAGGUUCAUCGAAAUCUCUGCCUCCUGGUCCUUUGAAAUGGACCCAAGAUUCAGAUGGUAGACGAACUGCAUUGGCUGUUGGCAGCAAGUCCGGCUCUGUGAGAAGCGAUAAGAUCGCAACACUUGAUCUAAUGGGGCAAUAG